AUGGGCCCUGCAGGCAGUGCCUUCCUACUGUCUCUUCUACUGGUGAUUUCAGUGUGUGGACGACCUGUAUACUCAGGCCGUGUGGUGGGUGGCCAGGAUGCUGUUGCAGGGCGCUGGCCUUGGCAAGUCAGCUUGCACUUUGGCCAGACCCAGGUCUGUGGAGGGUCUCUCAUCAGUGACAGGUGGAUACUGACAGCAGCACACUGCUUAAAUGGGAGCUGGAUUCCUUUUUUAUAUACUGUACGGCUGGGAUCGAUUAAGAAUGAUCAAUCAGGUCAAAGUGUGAAUCAUCGUGUGUUCAAAAUUAUCACCCAUCCCCAAAUUCAACACACAUCUGCAGACAUUGCCUUGCUGAAACUGGUCUCUAGAGUCACCUUUACUUCCUUCAUCCUGCCCAUCUGCCUGCCCAGUAUCACAAAGCAGUUGAAAAUUCCAGCCUCUUGCUGGGUGACUGGAUGGGGAACUGUUAAGGAAAGUGAAGAUAGUGAUUACCCCUCCCUCCUCCAGGAAGCAGAAAUACCCAUCUUUAACCACCAGGCCUGUGAAAAAUUCUACAACCCAAUUGGUUCCGCACUGCCAGAAUUAGAGUCAGUCAUCCAAGACGACGAGAUAUGUGCUGGUGAUAUACCCAAUAAGAAGGACAGCUGCAAGGGUGAUUCUGGAGGACCUUUGUCAUGUCAUAUUAAUGGUGUAUGGAUCCAGAUAGGACUGGUAAGCUGGGGAAUAGGCUGUGCUGAAAGUCUCCCUGGAGUCUACACCAGUGUGAUCUACUAUCAAAAAUGGAUUAAGACCACUAUCUCAAGAGCUGAGGUUUUGGGUACCAAAAAUCUGGACUUAACUGAAUUCCUGUACCUUACUGUUCUGCUCUCUCUGGCUGUCCUGGGACCCUACUGUGCCUUUGGGCCUAACAUUUUACCAGGAGAAUAG